AUGGCCUCGCCCGUGCCACCACUUCCACAAGCGCCGGGAGCCACGUCAGCAGCGAUGACGGCGCCGGCAGGUUUCGCUGGUUCAGCCGGCGGGCCGGUAGACCACUAUCCGCAGCCGUUAGCGACGCACGAGGCGAUUCUGGGGGAUCGCGUGCUGUUCCUCGACUUGCUCGCGCGGUUUCACAACCAGAUGGGAGGGUCGUUGAGGAUCCCACAGAUGGGAGGGAGGGAGCUGGACCUGCACCUGCUGUACCGUGAAGUGACGGGCAGAGGGGGCUUGAUGCAGGUGAUAGCGGAUCGCAAGUGGAGGGACGUGACGAUCCCAUUCGACUUCCCCCCCACCACCACCAGCGCCUCUUACGUCCUUCGAAAGUUCUACAUCAACCUGCUGCACCACUUCGAACAGGCUUACUUCUUUCAUCGUCAAGGGCCUCUGGUGCCUCCCCCUCCUCUCACCCACUUCCCUCGCAAGCGUGGUGCACGCAGGAUGCAAGGCUUUGAAGCACCUCCCCCGCCCCAGCUGGCGAACAUAGGGCGCAACAUCUCAGGCAUCAUCCGCUCCAAGUGUGACAACGGCUACUUCAUUACCGUGCCCAUGGGCGACCAGGUUUUGCACGGGAUUCUCUACCAUCCACCCUCCACCGCCUCCUCCUCCCCGUUCGCCCCUCCCCAGCCCGUCUCCUUCCUCCUCAACGCUUUCUCCCUCGACUCAGCCCUCAUCCGCUCGCAAACCCACGGCCGGCGCCGGCGGAGGAAGAGGCGGAGACGCGCGGAACUCCUAGCUGCAGCAGCGGGGGGAGUGCCGGGGGUGGUGGUGCCGCCGAAGCAGAACCGCACGGGGUACAACUUCUUCUUUGGGGAGCAGCGGAUGAAACUUAAAGCCGAUAUGCCGGACAUGCCCGAUCGUGAGAUCAGCCGCCUCAUUGGCCAGCGAUGGAUGGCCCUUUCUCCUCAAGACAGGAUCCCAUACCAGGAGCAGGCAGAGCGGGACAGGGGGAGGUAUGUGGCAGAGAUGAGGGAAUACAACGAGAGGCGCUCUGAUGCACCCUCCUUCCCUUUACCCCCAAACCAACCACCCAUCCAACCUCCAAUUUUCCCUACCCUUCCCCCCACCACUCUCCCUCCUUUCCUUCCGCAGCCUUAUCAGGAGCAGGCAGAGCGGGACAGGGAGAGGUAUGUGGUAGAGAUGAGGGAAUACAACGAGAGGCGCACACAAGCAGGUGGGGGAGCAGCAGGAGGAGGAGGGGACGAGGGAGGAGGGGUAGUGGGAGCAGGAGCGGGAGGAAAGGGAGUGGGAGGGGGAGCGGGUGGAGAGGGCGGGGGGGAUUGGGGGGAGGCGGGGGGGAGGGGAGGAUUAGCAGGUGCUGGGUUUGAAGGGGAGAUGGAGGAGGAGGAAGAGGAGGAGGAUGAGGAGGGAAUGGAGGGUGAGGAGGAGUAUGAGGAGGAGGGAUAUGAGGAGGAGGAGGGGGAGGGAGAGGAGGGGUAUGAGGAUGAAGAGGAGGAGGAAGGAGAGGGGGAGGAGGAGGAUGGGAUGGAAUUCGGGGGGAUGACUGGGCAUGCGGGCUUGCAGGUAGGAGCUGAUGUGGAUACACCUAGUGCCGAUGGUGGUGUUGCUACUGCUGGUGGUGAUGUUGCUGUUACUGGUGCUGGUGCUGUUGCUGAUGGUGAUGGUGCUACUGGUGGUGGUGCUGCUGCUCCUGAUGAAGGUGCUGUUGCUGGUGAAGGUAUGGGUGUGGAUGCACCUAUUGCUGGUGAUGCCACCACUGUUACUGCUGGUGGUGAUGCUGUUGGUGGUGCUGGUGGUGAUGCUGGUGAUGGUUCUGUUUCUUCUGGUGGUGAUGGUGCUGCUGCGAGUGGAGGGGGCAUGGAUGUGGAUGCGCCUAGUGCUUUGAAAGCUGAAGGACCUGUUUUGGGUGCAUCUGAAGCAAGGGCACCUGAAGAAGGAGCACCUGAAGCAGGGGCACUUGAGGCAGAGGCACCUGAAGCAGAGGCACCUGAACCUCCUGGUGCCCCUGGACCUGCUGAUGGGGAUGCUGGUGUUCCAAUUCCAAAGGACAAAGAGGAAGGGAAGGCUAAUGAAGGGACUUCAGUGGAGUGA